AUAGAAUAUGAAUGGGUGCAGAGAGUACAGAGAUCAGUUGCAAUUUCAGUUGCAGAGCAGAGCGGUGAUUUGGAGAACAAUGGCGACGAUUCCGAUCACGAAACCGGUGGUUAAAGUGGCGGCUCUCUGCGGCUCUCUCCGUAAGGCCUCCUUCAACCGCGGCCUUAUUCGCGCCGCGAUCGAGAUUUGCAAGGAUUCGAUUGAAGGAAUCGAGAUUGAGUAUCUGGAGGUGGAGCCCUUGCCGAUGCUCAAUACGGAUCUCGAAACUCCGGCGGGUUUUCCGGCCGUCGUCGAAUCUUUCCGCCACCAGAUCCUUCAAGCCGAUUGUCUUCUCUUCGCUUCUCCGGAAUACAAUUACUCCAUCGCCGGUCCUUUGAAGAAUGCGAUUGAUUGGGCGUCAAGGCCACCGAACGUGUUCGCCGGGAAGGCAGCGGCUAUAAUGAGCGCCGGCGGGGGCUUCGGGGGAGCGAUGGCGCAGUUCCAUCUCCGGCAAGUGGGAGUGUUUUUGGACCUUCACUUCGUCAACAAGCCUGAGCUUCAUGUGAAUGCAUUUCAGCCACCUUCCAAGUUUGAUGAUAAUGGCGACUUGAUUGAUCAAGAAACCAACGACAGGUUGAAGCAGCUUCUUCUUUCCUUGAAAAACCUCUCUCUGCACCUCCAAUCCAAUUAAAAACCCCAAUUUUCUUUUGCUUCAAUUUUGUUAUCGACGCUACUUGUUUUUUCUUGUCUCGUCUCGUCUCUAGUGUGAAGAUUUCGUUAUCUAUAAUUUAACUAUUUUGAACUUUGCUUAAAUUUAGUCCUUAAGUAAUUUUGUUAAACCUAGUACGACGCUACUAUUCGACACCUUUUUUUACGUGGCAAUGAAGUUGUGUUUAAUUUCUAUUUAGUUAUAUAUUAAGCUAUUUAGCCA